GCCAAGUCACGCGAUAAGCGUACCUGCUAGGAAAACACAGCGCGAGAAAUGGUUUUUCAACAUCUGAUACCUUGAUAAAGACUGAUAGAAAUAAUGGGUAGAGCGCUGAUUUAUUUAGUCUUUGCACUGGCACUAGCAGCGAAACUUGGGGAUGUGGACGCUGAAAGUCGCCCUUGGUGUCUUGAUGGCGUCGCUCUGUGCCGUGGAAAGACCAAUCCCACGGAAACAUUUUCACAUACAUUCACGCUGGUGCCUGGCAUUGGUGGAAAGCGGACAAAGGCCUACUCCCUGGGCGGGCAGCGCUCCUCCGCCGUGUCCAGCUACGUCAGUCUGGCGCGGGUGGAGGCGCUGGACCUGACUGACAUGACGCUGCUCGCCACGGACAAGAUCGGCAGCAGCAUAGGGGCGGCGGCCCGGCCCUCCCGCUCCGGCCACACCGCACUGCCGUACAAUGAGAGUGUGUUGGUUUUCGGUGGGUCCGUCAUCAACAAGACGGAGAGCAAACUGCCCGUGGCGUCAAAUGAGGUCAUGUGGUUGGCCCAGGGCGACGCCUUCACGCCCCCGCAGUGGCUCGUGCUGGCCAACCGCACCCGCGGCGAGCCCGGCAGCGGCACCCCGCCGCCGCGCUCCAAGGCGGCGGCGGUGGUGCUGAGCCCGGGCGGUGGGGGUGGCGGGGACGUGUUAUGGGUGUACGGCGGACUGGACAACAGCUCUAAGCCGCUGGAGGAUGCCUGGGCCUUCAACAUGACCUCCGGCACAUGGAGGCAGGAGAGCCUGUCCAGCCCCCCCACGGACGCGUACGGCGGCCGCGGUCUCAUCCGCCCCGCCGCCCUGGCCAGCAGCGACGGCCGCUACAUGGUCCUGUACGGUGGCAGGGGCAGCAGCAACCAAACCGCCCAGACCAAGCUGUACCUGAUGGACCCAGUGGCCAAGGCCUGGAAACAGAUCCGGAUCAAUCUGGUCCCCAGCGCCGACGGCGGCUUGCCAGGUCAGCUACUGCCGGGCAACGAAACCGCCAUCGCCAUCGUCCAGCUAGCCAGCCCCAAUGCUACAGCCGCCAGCAACUGCACCAACACCACCUCUGGCGGCAGUAGCAGCAGCGCAGCCGCGCCCUGCAGCAAUGCUACAGCCGCGGCGGCGCCUGCUCCCACGGAGCUACUGCUGGUGACCACGGGGCCGUGGAUGGCGAAGGCCACCUCCAAGCCCACCUCCUACAAGCUGUGGGUGUCGGUGCUUCAGAGCGACACUGGCGGCCGCUUUGAGCAGCUGCUGCCGGCGGUGGCGAACGGCAGUGUCACCAGCCUGAACUUCGUGCGGCGGGGGCUGUUCGUGGCGAUGUCGGGUAGCGGCAACGACACGCGGCUGCUGCCGGACAACACCACCAUUGACACCAACGUGACGCGGCGCUUCGGCGUGAGCGACCGCAUCCCCUACCUGCGGGAGACCGCCAUGGCGGUGGGCGCCGACGGCAACCGCGUCUACAUCAGCGGCGGGCAGGAUGCCGCGUCAAGGGCCUCCUCCAAGCUGCUGAUUGUGGAUUUGCUCGAGGGCGCCGUCAUUGACACGUCCAUCACCCUCAAGCCGGACUCCAACACGCUCAACAGCCGCUCUGCCUUCCGCUACGGCGCACACGUGGUGGCGCCCAAGACCCUGGAGCCCAACACCACCUCCAACCAGACCUGGAGCCCCACCCAGGCCGGCGGCUACGGCUCCAGCGACCUGCUGUUCUACACGGGGUGGGACGACCUGGAGGACGACAACGAGCCGGCGCUGACCGAGUGGCGCGUGCUGGACGCCGAGCUGCAGCAGGUUCUUCCGGACUGCUCGGCCCAGAACCAGCUGAAUAACUCUUGCAAGGUGCUGCCGGUGCCGCGCGGCACCAACGCCGCUGACGAGCUGCCGGCGGCGCGGGACGGUGCGGCGUGGGCGCCGCUGCACCAGGUGUUCACGUGGAGUGACGGCACCACCACCAAGCCAGUGGGCGGGCGGCUGGUGCUGCUGUACGGCGGCAGUAGCAUGGUGGGAGACCAGCUGAAUGCUACUGCCAUCGACACCAGCAGCGACGAGGACCUGGGCCCGGACGAGAUCGUGAUGCGCGACGUGAUCAGCGCCUGCGACUCGGCGGGCAGCCUGGACGCAACACAGCUGGACAACCUGGCGCAGUGCGGCGCGGCCUCGCUGGGGCUGAUCUGCGCCUCCACGAUUGCGUCCUACUUCUCCUCCUACUACGACUACUCUUACGGCGACUACUCAAGCGGCUGGUAUUAUGACUACAGCUAUGAUUACUCCUAUGACGCCUCACCACCCUGGGAGUACCACCAUGCCGCACCACCGGGAGCCAGCGGCGGCGGCAGUGGUCACGGCGGCCCGCCUUCUAACACAGACGCGCCGCCGCCAGCCCAGCCGGCCACGCCGCCGCCGCCGCCCAAGCCGCCGCCGCCGCCGCCACGGCCGCCGUCGCCGCCGCACCCGCCGUCGCCGCCGCCCGUGCCGCCGCUGCCGCCGCGUCCUCCAUCACCGGCGCCGCCCUCGCCGCGCCCACCCGCUCCCCCGGUGCCGCCCUUGCCUGACAUUGCCCCGCCUCCCGAAGGCGUGACAGAGCCGCCCUCCCCAGCACCGACCUCUCCCAAGCCGCCCUCCCCAACACCACCCUCGCCAAACCCACCGUCACCAAAGCCGCCGUCGCCGGAGCCCGCAUCACCGAUGCCGCCGUCGCCGGGGCCCGCGCCACCGAUGCCGCCGUCGCCGCCUUCACCGUCGCCGCCUUCACCGCAGCCGCCUUCACCGCAGCCGCCUUCACCAGAGCCGCCGUCGCCGGAGCCGCCCUCGCCUGCCCCUCCGGACCAGCCCGUUGUUGCUUCGCCGCCUGGUGUGACUGGUCGGCGCUUGCUGUCUGCGGCCGCUGAUGUUUACGGCGAUGAAGAGGGCGCACUGCAGGCGGAUCCCUGGGAUGACUCAUACAAUGUGGCAACCGAGGAUGCGGCCUCCGCCGCCGCCGCCGCCGCGGACGGGGAGGGAGCAGCGGCCCGAGAGCUAGCCCAGGGCACAUUGGGGCGGCAGGGCAAGCAGCAGCAGCAGCGGCGGGGCGCGGGCAAGGCACAGGGCGGUCGUCGUGGUGGGCCCCGCGCUCAGCGCCAAGACCGCGGCGGUGCCGGGGGCGGCGCCCCCGGGGGCAUAAGGACCAGAGCUGCGAGCCCCGGCAAGGCCGGCGGAGGCGAUGACGACGAGUGGAGGCGGCGUCUGCACAGCGGCGGCGCCACCGACACAGAGCUUGCAGCCGCAUACUCUGGUGAUACGACUGCAGCUGGCGGGGUGAGGGGCGGCCGCGAGCGCGGCGGCAGUGGCGGUGGCGGCGGCGGUCGCCGGCGUUCUGCGGCCCAGUCUGGUGGCGGUGAGUUUGGAUUCAGCGAUGACUCUGUCAUCGACGGCGGCGAUGAAGAUGCCGGCAACGAUGAGAGCGGCGAGAGCGAGACGGAGAAGGAGGCCCGCUCGGCGCAGUUGCGGCAGCGUGUGAAGGACUACCUUCUACAGCUGUCGCAGCGGCAGCGCCUGCCGCCGCACCAGGAGGCGCACCUGCAGCUGCUGGUCAGUAAGGCCGAGGCGGAGGCAGAGGCGGCAGCGGAGCGGGAGGCGGAGCGGGAGCAGCAGGGGCGGGAGGGCCGCCGGGGCCGUGGGAGGAAGGGGCGCAAGGGACAUCAGGGCGCCGGUGCGGGUGAGGAGGGCGGCGCUGGGGAGGCGGCACAGGGCCGAGACCGGGAGCCGGGGCGGCGCCGGCGUGCGGCGGAGGGCCGCAGUGGUCGGGGCCGGCAGCAGCAACAGGGGCAGCGGCGCAGGCGCCAGAUGGCCAUGGGGCGCGGCGCAGCCUCCUCCUCCUCCUCCGGCUGCGGCGGCGGCGGCAGCCGCCAGAAACUACAGCAGCUACAGCAACAGGGGCCGGGGCAGCAGCGGCGCCGGUCGCUCAUUGGCGAUGUGGACAGGUCAGGUGACACGCCCCUGGAUCUAUCAGCCUGGGGCAACCGGGCCACCCUCAACGCCGCCGCCCAGAAAGCCAGCUUCUACAAAUCCAGCAAGGCCGGCAAUAGCAGCAGCAGCAGCAGUAACGGCUGGGUACGGAUGUACGACGCUGCCGGCAACUUACUAAACAGCGAUGGUAGCGUGAAGCUACCCACGUUGUUCCACGCGGCUUAUGCGGUGCUGUGGCAGAGCAAGGAAGAGCUGGCGGCCACACCGCUGGUCAACACCCGGAAGCCGUACGCCAAACGCGGCACCUCGCCCACCCUGGUCAACGCCGGCCCCGCCUUUUACUUCGAUCCGCUGUUGAACGUCAACGGCUCCGACAUGCACUCACCGGGCCAGCGCGCCGGCUCCACUCUGGCCAGCCUGCCCUACGUCACCGCCACCAACGCCGACGUGCUGUUGUUCGGCGGCCUCACUGCGGUCAACCGCAGCGCCGCCAACGCAUGGAUUGGUGUGCCGGCCGUCACCAACGACGUCCACUACCUGCAGUACAUCCCCGCCGCCCCCGGAGGCCGAGCCGCCACCCUGGCCGCCGCGCCGCCGUCGCGCUUCGCCUCCUGCCCCUUCGCCCCCGGGCCCUGCAAGUCGCUGGCGCCGCACCCGCAGAACGGCACGCACACGGUGCCGCCGCCGCCCCCCGCCGCGCCCGCCGAUGACACGGCUUCCGGGGCCCAGUCGUACUCCGACUGCCCGGCGCAGCUGUCGUCGUUGGGGCCGGCGGACAAGGGUAUCUACCAGCUGAGGAUCUACCGCGGCACGGACAAGGCCAAGGUGCGGUCCAUGGCUGUGGGCUUCUCCUCCGUCAGCACCUACGCCUGGACCAGCCCCUGGUUCAGCACCAAGACUGUACUGCGUACGCCCGUGUACGCGGGCAACAGCAGCGCCUGGGUGUGGCCGCCCAACGUGACGGAGGCAAACAGCGCCCCCAACGCCACCAUUUUCGAUGACUACUACUUUGACGGGGCGGAGGACUACUGGUUUGAGCUGGCCUACGACGUGUACGACGUGUACCUGUUCUCAGCCGGGUACGGCUGGACGUCCGCGGACGACCUGGCGAUGGGGUGCACCGCGGCGGCCCCCACCAAGUGCCCGCGCUUCGAACUGUACAAUGCCGACUCCGGCCGCCUGAUUAAAGGCAUGGGCGGCGGCGGGCAAUACGGCAGCAUCUGGAUCCCCGACCCAGCCCUGGGCAACGCCACGGAGUGGGUGCGCUCCUUCCGCCUCUCCCUCUGCAGCAACGCCUCUACCGCCGCCGCUGCCGCCGCCGCCGCGCCGCCGGCGCCGCCGCUGCCGUACACUCCCAAUCCGUACCCGUUUGCGGUGGAUGACUCUCCCAACCUGCUUCGGAGCCACGAGCUGCAACUGGCAGGGGACCACGACCCCGCUGCCAUUCCCAAGCCGCGUAUGUGGCACGCGAGCGCCUUUGUGGAGAGCUCGGGGCUGGACUCGCGACUGGGGUUUGGCAAGAUGGGGCUGCUGGCCGUACACGGCGGAGUCACGAACCCGCUGCUGGACACGCUGGAUGUGGACACCGACCUGCUCGGGGACCUGUGGGUGUUUGACCUGCAGUUCAGGAGGUGGAUCCAGUUGACGGGCGGUGGCGACAGCCCGGGCCGCCGCCUGCGCCACAACAUGCGCAGCGACGGCUCCGUCAUCUACCUCACCGGCGGGUACACCUACGACGAAGGCACACAGCAAUGGCCGUACACCACGGACGUGUACUACCUGGACCUGCAGCUGGGGGUGGACGCGGUGUGGACGCAGGUGGACGGGGACAGUGUGGAGCUGGGCCGCCGCAGCAGCCCCGGAGCCAUAGCGCAGGGCAUGGGCGUCAGCAAGAAGCGGAGCCAGCUGGUCACACUCAACAACAACGGCAUUGUGUUCGUGCCGCUGCCCACCUCCGCCACCGUGGACGCCCCCGGGUCGGGCGGCAACGGCUCCGCGCCCGCCGCCGUGUCGGCGGCGCAGCUGGAGCUGCUUGUGGACAAGAUGUACGACGGCGACCUGCUGCUGCUGCCGCAGGACAAGGACCUGGCAAUCAACGGGACGCUCACGGUGGGCGCCUCCGUGGUCUUCCACGGCAAGAUCAUCCUGAGGGGCCUGGGCGGCGCCACCACGCCCCGCCCGCCGCCCGGGCCCGCCGCCCCGCCCUCGCCACCCGCACCCGCGCCGCCCCUGUCGCCGGCGGCGGGCCGCCACCGCCGCGCCGCUGCGGAGGCCGGGGAGGGCGCGAAGGCUGGGGUUGACGAUGGUGCUACGACUGGGGUGCUGGAGCCAGCGUGUGAGCGCAGCCCUGAGGACUGUGUGCUAGAGGAGGCGGAGGCGGCUUUGGCGGGGGCCGCUGCUCGCCGCCUUUCCGCCGGAGACAGCGAUGACAAUGUCGACUUACAGGGGGAGCAGCAGGAGCAGCCUCAGCAGCAGCGGCCGGCGCGUGCCAGGCAGAUGCUGCAGCAGUCGGAGCUGGAAGCGGCUCUGGCGGGUCACUUGGGCUUCCGCGGCCAGGGCGGUGAAGACGGCAGCAACGGCAGCAGUGGAGGCAGCGGCAGCGGUGGGAAUGGCAGUGGCCUUCAGCUGCGUCGGGAUGAGGCGGCGCGGACGGCCAGCCGGUGGGGCGUGCUGGAGGCGCUGGCGGCAGUGCGGCGGGUGAUGCAGGCCGCCCCCGCCGGCCCCGCCUCCUCCUUCUCCGGCGCCCCCACGCAUGUGGACGUGGCGGCGUGGAUGUCCAUCCCCCGCACCCUGGUCAAGUGCGAGCCCGGCAGCGUGUGGAUGCUGCAGUCCUCGCCCAACUUUGUCAACAUGGAGUUUGUCAACUGCCAUAUCAUUGUGAACAACCCCAUUGGAACCCUGCCGGUCACGUUUGUCAACUGCGUGUUCCGCGACAACGUCAACCGCCCCGCCCUGGCGGUCAUGUCGGGCGGCACGCUGUCGCUCAAGGGCUGCCUGUUCAUGAACGGCACCUACAACUACGACCUCAUCAGCGCCGCCGCCACCGCCGCCGUCAACGCCGCCAUCGCCGCCGCCAACGUCACCAGCAGCAGCAACGCCACCGCCACCAACUCCACCUCCGGCGGCGCCAACGCCACCAUCAGCGCCAUCACCAACACCACCUUUGUGGCCUUCCCGCCGCCGCCGCCCGCCAAGUCCACCUCCGGCGCCAAGCUGUCGGCUCUGCAGCUGGAGGUGCCGUACAGCGGCCUGGGGGCGGCGGUGUACGUCAUGGCCCGUGGGACGCUGGUGGAGAUCUCCACGUCGGCCUUCCUGGGUAACGGCUACCUCAACGGCACCCAGGGCGGCGGCGCCAUUUACCUGGCUGCCGGCAGCUGCCUGGGCGCCGUGAGCGGAUCCGUGUUCGAGGGCAACGGCCGCAACGCCACCGGAUACAGCGGCGGCGCUAUCAGUGCUGAGGGCAUGGGCAGCGAGGCGUGUGUGACCUCCUUCACAAACACCAACUUCACGGGCAAUGUGGCAGACACGGGCGGAGCUGUGUCUGUGUCGACGUCCACACGCCCCUUCAACUUCACAAACGUGCGAUUCUGGAACAACACGGCCACGCGCGAGGGCGGCGGCCUGUACAUGGCGUCCAUCCUGGGGCGUGUGGGCUUCAGCAACGCCCAGUUCGUGGCCAACACGGCGGCGGAGCGCGGCGGCGGCCUGGCGCUGGAGGCCGUGAACGCGGUGGCGGCGGAGGCGCUGAGGCUGGAGGGCAACGCCGCCACCACUGGCAUGGGCGGCGGCCUGGCGCACUCGCGUCAGGGCACACUCACCAUGACGCGCUCCGUGGUCACGGGCAACCGGGCGGUGUACGGCGGCGGACUGGGGCUGUACCAGGACCUGGAUGUACGGCUGUACGACAGCCUGAUCGAGCGGAAUACGGCACUGUUGCACGCGGGCGGGCUGGAGUGCCUGCAGUGCUAUGAGGUGUACAUGAGCAGGUGCUCGUUCGCGUACAACGUGGCUGAGUCUGCGGGUGCGAUUGCGCUGACCCAGGUGGAGCGCGGCGGUGCCAUCCUGUCCUCCAACAUCUCCCACAACGUGGGCCGCCCCACCACACCCACCGACAACACGGACCAGGCCGGCUGCGCGCGCGACGCGCCCGGCGGCGGCGGCGGGCUGUGUGUAUUCCUGCGCCGCAAUGUGACCCUGUCGGGUGUGCGGUUCGUGAACAACAGCGCGCUGGCGGGCGGCGGCAUGUAUGUGCAGCAGCGCUGCCUGCCCGGCGAGAAGGGCUGCGGUCCCGCCGUGCUGAUCAACUCCACCUUCACCGACAACGAGGCCACUCGCGGAGGCGGCGGCGCGCUGUUCCGCGCCACCCACGACCUGGCCAACGUGACCUGCCCGCUCACCAAUGUCACUCCCAACUGGACAGACCUGCACACCGCCUGCAGCGAGUCCUGGACGGGCAACCGGGCCCUGUACGGCAACACCACCGCCACCAUCGCGUACAACAUCUGGACCGCCACGCCGCAGUUCGUACGGCAGUACCGCAGUAACGACCCGCUGGAGGUGGUGGUUGAGAUGCGCGACUACCACAACCAGACCAUCAUCGAUGGCACUCGCGAGGCGGUGACGACGGUGGAGGUGGUCCCCGCCGCCUCCGCCGCACGCAACGUGUCGCUGUCGGGCAACAGCAUCAGCACACUGCGGGGGGUGGGCAACUUCAGCAGCACGCUGCGACUGCAGGCGCGGGCGGGUGUGUACGGGCUGUGGAUCGCCACGCCACGAACCAUCCAGGACGUACCGCGCGUCAACCUGACCGUCGAGGUCCGCCCCUGCAUCCUGGGCGAGGUCACGGACGUCGACGGCACCAGCUGCUUCCCAUGCACCUCGGGCUUCUUCUCACUGGACCCCCAGAAACUAGAGUGUGACGACUGCCCCGACAACGCCAACUGCUCGGUGGACGGACACCCCUGGAUCACACUGCCCGAGGACGGGUACUGGCACAGCGGGCCGCGCAGCACCAACAUUCUGGCGUGUGUGGUGGAGGAGGCGUGCAAGAGCACCAACAAGUGGCCGCGAGAGGACAAUAUCGGCAACUUCCUGAAGUCUCUGGAUGUCUACACGGAAUCCAGCAGCAGCACCAACGCCUCCUCCGCCGCCACCUCAGGGGCAGCCGCCGCCACGUCACUGGCCGCCUACGACCUGGCCGCCUACCGCGACCUGCAGUGCGCAUCCGGCUACUACGGCAACCUGUGCGGCCGCUGCCGGCACGGCUACGGCCGCCGCUCCAGUGGCGCCUGCGCCAAAUGCGCCAGCCGCGCGCUGAACACGCUUUUCUACAUCCUAUCAUCCGCCGUCAACAUCUUCUUCAUUUGGCUGACCGUGCACGCCCAGCUGCCGGGCAGCCUGACCAGCCGGCGGCGCAUGGAGCGGCUGGACCGGGAGCGGGAGCGGAUGCAGAGCCAGCAGCAGCGCACCGCGCUGUCGUGGCUCAAGCGGAGCCAGAACGCGCCGGGGGUUCCGCGGCAGGCCUCCAACAUGGGCGGUAACACAGCCGACUCGCAGCUGCUCGCGGCCGGCCCGCCCCCGCCCCCUCCCGCGCCCUUCCAAACCUGGGAGCCGCAAGCGUCGCCGUAUGGAGGAGGUGCGCGGGCUGUGGGGGAGGCCACGGAGGCCCCUGCCGCCGACCCUGCGGCAGCGGCAGCAGCAGCGCCAGGGGCCGACCCCAGCGCAGAUACGGGCAGUGCAAAGGGCCCCAAAAAGGCGAAGAGGGACAAGAAACAAAAUGGAGGCGAUUCGUCUUCCUCGGACGGCUCUUCGUCUUCCGGGUCAGACAGCGGGAACGGCCGCCGCCGCCCGGGCGCGCGCUACACCUCCGGCGAGCCCCAACAACAGCAGCAGCAGCAGCAGAACCAGAAAGACAAGAAUGGAGAAGCUUCCAGUGAUGAGGACAAUGACGAUGAGGGCAAGGUCGUGGUGGAUGAGGGUACUGGGCCGUACAAGGGCGGCAACCACGGCAUCGUCAUCAAGAUCCUGAUGUCGUACCUCCAGGUCAGCUCCAUGGUCCGCUCCAUCGCCGCGCCCUGGCCCGCCUUCGUGAUGGGGCUGCUGUCCGCGGCCAAGAGCGCCUCAAACAGCAUCACCACCGUGGUGUCCAUCGAUUGCUCCCUCAAGGACGGCUCCGUGCCCGUCAGUGUGCAGAGGGUGAUCAUCCAGAUCGCCACGCCCUUUGUGAUCCUGGGCCUGGCGCUGCUGGUGUGGUGCGCGCUGUUCUCCAGGCUGCGGCUGCGGAGGAAGGGAACCACAGAGACCUGGGCCAGUUACCUGCGGCCGCGAAUCAUCAUCACCACGAUUGCGGUCAUCUUCUACGUAUAUCCAGACAUCACCAACACUCUGCUUUCCAUGUUCUCCUGUCCGCCACUGGACCCCAUGAGCGGCCCCUACACACAGUACAUGGAGGCGCGCGGCAAGUACUGGGCCUCCGACUACGACCUGCUGUGCUACGCGCAGCCGCACCUGUGGCUGGUGGCGGCGGUGGGCAUCCCGGGCGUGGUGCUGUUCGCGGCGGGGGCGCCCGUGUUCAGCUGGCUGUGGCUCAAGCGCCACCGCGACCUGCUGUACACCAGCCGGGACUUCGGCGUGUCGUACGGAUUCAUGUACGAGGACUACAACCGCGCGUCGUACUUCUGGGACUCUGUGAUCAUGUUCCGAAAGCUGGCUGUGGUGACCGUCAUCGUGUUCCUGCAGCCCCAGUCCGCCAACCUGCAGGUGCUGUCGGCGCUGGGCGUCAUCAUCACAGCCAUGCUGCUGCAGAUCACAAUCAAGCCGUACAAGAAUGAGAAGAUGAACAAUCUGGAGCGGCUGUCGCUGUACGCCACAAUGGCAAUGCUGUACUGCGCGCUGUUCUUCCUGAGCGACCUGCCCAAGGUGGCCAAGGAGGUCAUCGGCUCUCUGCUGCUGAUCUUCAACUGCCUGGUGGUCGCCUUCUUCGUGUGGCACAUCUGGCACGAGUUCAUGGUGGGGUUCAUCUGGACCAUCGACGACCACUCCAACGGCGACGGCAAGCUGGAGUGGAGCGACGUGUGGGCGUACGUGGACAAGGAGCACAGCGGCCGCGCGUACACACGCGUGCUCAUCAAGGUCCUCAAGGGGCUGCAGAAGGUCACCGGGUUCCUGGACACGGCUGUAGUGCGGCCCGCCGCCGCCGUCACCCGCGCCGCCAGCGCCGCCGCCCGCCGCAUCAACACCACCCUGGGCCGCCGCCGCCGCUCCGUGGACACCGCCGCCCUCGCCGCCACAGCCGAGGCAGGCGCGCACCCGCUCAGCGGCCCCUCCGUGAUCAUGGACGGCGCCCCAAGCAGCAGCAUCGGGAAGCCACACCUGGCGCAAUCGCAGAAGGGCGAUGGAAGUGGGGCGGCGGCGGCGGCGGCGGCGGCUCCGCCGCCGCCGUUGGAGGAAGAGCCGUCGUCGCGGGUGCAUCCCUUCACCAGCGUGACGGGGUCGGGGUCGCGCCGCCGGACCAGCUCGUUGAAACAGUUGGCGGUUGGCUCCGUCACUGAGCCCGCUACUGCCGCCACCGCUGCUACUGCCGCCACCGCUGCUACUGCCGGGGCUGGGGCUGAGGCACCGGACGCUGGCGUGGGCGUGGGAGGAGGAGGCGGAGGUGGCUCAUCAUGGGGUGCGGCCGUGUUCGGACUGGGCGGUGGGAAGAACAAAGUGGCUCCAGAGCCGCCGGGUUCCGGCGGGAGCAUGGUCGCACGCAGGUCGGGCGAGGCACCUGUGGCGGCGGUGGGCCCUGCUGCGGCGGCGGGUCGCACGGGUGUUGCUGCUGGCAGCAGCCCUGGGCCUGGCGCCACCCGUCAGUCGCCGGUGCUGCGGCCGGGGCCGAGUGCGGACUACCUGCUGGGCUCGGGGGCGGCGGAGGUGGACCCUGGGACCAUCAGUGAACUGUCCUCUCCCGCCGCCGCGGGCACGGGGGCCGGACAUCACUCUACCGCCGCCGCCGCCGCGGCCUUCGCCAGCCCUUCCCUCCUCCGGAGAGCCGCGGACGACGCAGCAGCAGCCGCAGCAGCCGGCGCCGCAGGCCCCGCGCCUGCUGCAGCCGGCGCCAGCAGCAAGCCGACCACACCGCCGCUGCAGCCCGUCAUCAUCAUGGGCCCUGGAGCCGUCUCUGAGGGGGUGCUGCAUUCGCGCGGCGGCACUGCAACAUGGCCACAGCCACCGCUGGCGCUGCGGGCGUCGCCACCGCCGCGUGCCGGUAGCGGUGCCGUGGCCGCCGCUGCGCCGGCCGGAGGUGCCAGCAGCAAUAAUGUGGCUGGAACCAGCAGCAGCAGGGGCGAGCUCAGGGGGGUGGAGACGUCGGAGAUUACUGAGCUGUCCGGAGAUGCGUUUGAUGCGCUGUGGGCGCCCAGCGAUGCCGCCGCGGCCGCCGCUGCGCGUGAUGGCAGCAGCAGCAGCAGCCGGCUCAAGCUGCGCUCUGCCGCUGGCCCCGUGGGAGGUGGCAGUAGCGGUGGCGGCGCGGGCCCUCACUAGUGCCUUUCCGCAUGUGCGUACUCGGUAGUACGGGCGAAACAUUCGCCAACCGGGCUUCUAACUAUCCAGUUCUUUAUUCGGGGUGUCCAUGCGGGAGAGUCCACGCACACUCCGCAGUACCGCCAUGUCUCUUAGUACGUUCUUGUCCAACACGCCGCAAGGUGUGCACGGGCAAUGCUGUGUGGGGUGCUUCGUACUCUACUCGUAAACAUCUAUCUGCGCAUGCGCCGUCGUGCCGACUCCUGCUGCGCUGACUGACUUACUGUGCUACGCGGUGUGGUGCCUUUCAGUGUGUAAGAUUCUUGAUUAUAAGUUAGGCAACCCAAUUUUGUUGCUGAUUGCCGCACUGCUGACGGGUAACUAACCCCAGGGGAUGGUUCGUACGUAUGUUUUUUUCUGCUAGGACGCUCGGCUGGCAUUUCCUAAGCCAUGCUGCCCACUCUUCGGUCUCACCAACCACGCCACAUGUGCUAUUACCUAGUCAUUCAUGUAGAUAGCAUGGGCACAGCGAACAUGCAGUUCCAUCAACAUAUAAGGCACCGUGUGUUACAGUAUAGGUUGGGGUCCCGCGUGCAGCAGCUUCAUUCUGCAGCUGCGGUAAGGGAGAUGUGGAAGCAAGGGCGGGUGUGCAAGGUGCACAUGUACCCAGCCAUUUGAGUGACUGUACGGUAUGAGCUGUAAUUACCGGUUCUC